AUGUUUAUUGCUCCCGUUAAAGAUUUGCUUGAGGAGGCUGAAGUCAUCAUCGUUCCUGACCGCCGUUUGUACAAAGUUCCCUUUGCCGCACUGAGUGAAAAGGAGGGAGCCGAAUACCUCUCGGAGACUCAUAGGAUCCGUGUCAUUCCUUCUUUGACGACGCUCAAGAUCAUUCAAGAUAGUCCAGAGGACUAUCACAGCAACACUGGUGCCUUAAUAAUAGGCAAUCCCAAGGUUGAUGGGCCGCUGUCGCCAUUUCCAGGUGCAAGAAAGGAAGCGGAGAUGGUCGGACGACUAGUGGGUGUUCCGCCCCUGGUAGACGAGAAAGCAAUGAAGCAGGCGGUACUUGAGCGGAUAAGUUCAGUGAGCCUGAUUCAUUUUGCUGCCCAUGGUGACGCCGAAAGGGGAGAAAUUGCCCUCUCCUCCAUUCCUACUUCCAAUAAUCGAAACGCUAUCCCACCACAGGCUGAUGUCUCACGAGUGAUAGUCAGAGCUAGACUGGUGGUACUUGGUUGCUGUCACAGUGGAAGUGGUCAGAUAAGAGCUGAGGGAAUUAUAGGAAUUGCCCGUGCGUUCUUAGGAUCCGGUGCUCGCUCGGUGUUGGUUGCGCUGUGGGCCAUUCCAGACUCUGCAACAGAGAAGGUGAUGAGUCGGUUUUACGAACACCUUGUUGAAGGAGAAAGUGCCAGUGAAUCCCUUCACCAGGCUAUGAAGUGGAUGAGAAAAAAUGGUUUUACCCAAGUGUCUCAAUGGGCUUCAUUCACGCUGAUUGGAGAUGGCGUGAGGUUUUAG